ACACAUUCAACUACAACUAGCAAUGGAGACAUUUUUAAAAACAAAAAAUGAAGACAAAAGUGGUACCAGUCCCCUCCAAAAGAUUACAAUAUUACAUAAAUACAAUCCUGACUUCAAGUACGGCUUUGUAAAUGGAGGAAGCGAGGCAGUGCCGUGAGCCCAGUAUGUGGAGUGAGGUCUGACGCUAUCUAACGCUUUAAAAGUAAUAUCGAAAUAUUGUUAUUUUUUUAUUAAUAAGCCUGAUUUAAGCCUUCAAAUUUUUCUUGCUUGAUUUGUUCCAUGAUUUAGUAACAAAAGGUAAGAUAGGUUAAUAAUCUUUGUGAAAAUGUCAUAUUAUUCAUGAAACUUGAUUCAGGUUUUAGCUUGUUAGCUUCUUAGCUAGUUAAACUGUGUGGAUUUGAUUUAUGAGUAAAAACAAAUUAAUGAGCUCAAUUAAAUCUAUACAGUGUUAAUAUUUAGUAGCAAACUCUGAUUUAGUAGCAAAAGUUAAGAUAGUUUUAAUAAUUUUUGUGAUAAUGUCAUGUUAUUAUUCAUGAAACUUGAUUCAGGUUUUAGCUUGUUAGCUUGUUAGCUAGUUAAACUGUGUGUGGAUUUGAUUUAUGAGUAAAAACAAAUUAAUUAGCUCAAUUAAAUCUAUACAGUGUUAAUAUUUAAUGGGCCCCGGGCCACUCUGAUUUAGUAGCAAAAGUUAAGAUAGUUUUAAUAAUAUUUGUCAUCAUGUCAUGUUAUUAUUCAUGAAACUUGAUUCAGGUUUUAGCUUGUUAGCUUGUUAGCUAGUUAAACUGUGAGUGGAUUUGAUUUAUAAGUAAAAACAAAUUAAUGAGAUGAAUUAAAUCUAUACAGUGUUAAUAUUUAAUGGGCCCCAGGCCACUCUGAUUUAGUAGUAAAAGUUAAGAUAGGUUUAAUAAUAUUUGUGAUCAUGUCAUGUUAUUAAUAAAUAAUAAUAUUAAAUAAUAAUUAGGAAUAAAGUCCUAAUUAUGAGAAAAACGUUACAAGAAAUAUUUGGAAAAUAAAUUGAAAAAAAGGUAUAAUUUUAUAAGAAUAAUGAGAAAGGAAAAUAUAAAUAGAAAACAGUCACAUAAGAAGUAGAUAGGCCUACAUGAGAAAUAAUAAUACAAAUAUUUACCUAUGAAAAUAAUAAAUCACGCAUGCAUCUUCAGGUAGGUUACUGUCCACUGCAGGACAAUAUACGGUAAGUUAUCAAACAAAAUAAUAUCUUAAAGCAAUGACCAUCUAUACUGCUUUUCUGUUAUGUGAUUAGGCCUGUUCCUUCAGCUGAACAUGCUUUCAUGCUAAUAAGGUCCUGGGCCUUGGUUCUGAGGGAUCUGGUUCUGAGGGAUCUGAGGAUUAAUAACACAUCCAGAUUCAAGGCCCACACAGACACACUCCUCGAGUGCCAUGUCAUCAUCCAGGCAGAUGGAGCACGGGUUCAGGCUUUCUCCAGUAUUCACCAUGACUACAUAUUGGCUGCAUUCACACGCAUAUCGCUGACGGAUGACGACUUCUUAAGGAACGGAACGUUGUGGUAUCGGAAGAAUAAGCAGUAUGAAUACACACAGGCUGUCUGUGAAAACAUGGACCGAGGAGGACAGUGACCGUGCUGACAGCACACUUAGCAGAGGACAGUCCGUGUGUGAUGACACUUCCUCAGAACUACAGAGGAUGGCAGCCAUUGAUCGGCGAGACAUCAACUCCCAGAAUUCCUUUCGCGGCCAAGGGGCUCUGUCCAGGAUUGUCAACAUGGUGAUGACUCUGAGGGAAUGGGCUCAGAAGAGCAUGGCCGAGGAGGUGGAGAGGCCCGAUUCUUUUCUGGAGCGUUUCCGAGGCCCCGCCCACACGGAUAUACAAGCUCCGCCGAGUCGGUUUAGUCACAGCCGCAAUGGAUCUGAAACGGGGAACGAAAUGAGACGUACUCGAAAAAAGAGGACAUGCAACAACGUCAUAUUAUCACCUUCGGAUGAUGUGUACUACCACUGGCUGAUGGUGAUUGGGCCUGCUGUUUUUUAUAACUGGACCCUCUUGGUAGUCAGGGCCUGUUUUGAUGAGCUGCAGAUGAGGAACGUUAUGGUGUGGCUGGUCAUGGACUACAUCUGUGAUGGAAUCUAUAUCCUGGACAUAGCUGUUCGUCUCCACACUGGUUUCUUGGACCAGGGAUUGAUGGUGAAAGACAGCCAGCGUCUGAGGGAAACCUAUGUCCGAACUUUCCAAUGUCAGCUCGACAUCUGCUCCAUCCUUCCGACCGACCUCUUGUACUUGACUUUUGGAGUUAGUUACACCCCCCUUCUUCGCUUCAAUCGACUGCUGCGUCUACCGAGGCUGUUUGAAUUCUUCGAACGCACCGAGACAAGAACGGGCUACCCUAAUACUUUCCGCAUAUGUAAACUUGUAGUAUACAUCCUAGUGAUCAUUCACUGGAACGCCUGUGUGUACUACAGUUUCUCCAAAGUCCUCGGACUGGGUUCGGAUUCUUGGGUGUAUCCCAAUGCUUCUGAUCCGGAGUUUGCUUCGCUGACCAGAAGUUACAUUUACUGCCUGUACUGGUCAACGUUGACACUAACCACCAUUGGCGAGACGCCGCCUCCCGUCAGAGACGAGGAGUAUCUCUUCCUGAUAUUUGACUUUCUGGUUGGCGUCCUGAUCUUCGCCUCCAUUGUAGGGAAUGUCGGAUCCAUGAUAUCUAACAUGAACGCGACCCGAGCGUCCUUUCAGGCUCGCGUCGAUGCUCUAAAACAUUACAUGCACUUCAGGCAUGUCAACAAGGUGCUAGAACAGCGUGUGAUUCGUUGGUUUGACUACCUCUGGACCAAUCAGAAGACAAUAGACGAACAGGAAGUGCUAAGGAGCUUGCCCAGUAAACUGAGAGCGGAGAUCGCUAUCAAUGUUCAUCUGGAUACAUUGAAGAAGGUACGUAUUUUCCAGGACUGUGAGGCAGGGCUCUUGGUGGAGUUGGUGCUAAAACUUCAACCGCAGGUUUUCAGUCCGGGUGACUACAUCUGCAGAAAGGGAGACGUGGGUAAAGAGAUGUAUAUAAUUAAAGAUGGCCGCCUGGCAGUGGUAGGGGAAGACGGCGCUACCCAGUUAGCCGUUCUCACAGCAGGUAGUUGCUUCGGAGAAAUCAGCAUCCUGAACAUCAGCGGCAGCAAGAUGGGGAACCGCCGUACGGCCAAUAUUCGCAGUCUGGGAUACUCGGACCUUUUCUGCCUUUCCAAACAAGACCUGAUGGAUGCACUGCAGGAGUUCCCCCACGCCAGGGCCCAGCUGGAGCAGAGGGGUCGGGAUAUCCUGCUGAAGGAGGGGCUCCUGGAGGAAGUCAGUGUGUCUGCGGGGGAGGAGCUGGGGGAGAAGGUGGAGAGGUUGGAAACCGGUCUGGAUCGGCUGCAGACAAGCUUGGCACGUCUUCAGAGUGAGUUCAACUCUUCUCAGCUUCGGAUGAAACAGCGAAUCACAGCCCUUGAACACAUCACCACGGCAACCACCGGAAGUGGUUUUCUGUCGGACACAGACUGCAACGACAGCGCCUCCGGUGGUGACGGAAUGCGGAGCGAAAUCAAUAUUCGCCUCUAAAUGACCUUCAGUAC